UGGUUUCAGUCUUUGCAUUAUAAUUUCUCUCUUUCAGAGCUGCGAGGACACUGAGGUAGGCUCCAACUCUCUUCCUGUUUCACACACACACACACACACAGACACACACACACACACACACACACACACACACACACACACACACAGUGAAUCAGACCAGGUUCAGUGUGUUUCUCCUCAGUGUUUCAGUCUCAGCUCUAAGUUUAAAUGUGGACAUAGAUCAGGAUGACUCAGGCUGAUGCAGCUGAUCCAGAGUCAGUCACAGUUCAGGGCCUCGUUCAUCACUUCAUCCUGUCAUUCAUCACCUCAUCCUGUCGUUCAUCACUUUAUCCUGUCACCGUCGUAUUAAGCAGUGAGUUUACAGUCUUUCCCUCUGUGUUUAAAGCCAGAUUAGUGAUGUGAGGUUCAGGGACGCGCUCGUGUCGAGGUCAGGGUUAUGAUGCUCUGUGGUGGGCGGGGCCUGUCGAUGACUCGUCACUGCUCCACCUGAUGAAUCUGAUCUGACCGGUGUCUGUCCGUAUGCUCAGUGUGGACACGUCCUACAGCUGUUCACAGAUGUUCUCUAUCAACACAGUCACUCAGUCUUACAUGAUUAGACAGGUGAGACAGGUGACUGAACAACUGUUUAACAGCUGAUCUGUGCUGCCUUCACUGACACUGACUGUCUUCCAUCACUGUCAGCCGAGAAGACACUCUGAUCUGCUGACUCACUCUCCUCAGUCUGAUCACCUCUGACCUCUGACCUUUGACCUUUGACCUCUGACAGACUUUAAGUCUUUGUGACUUCCCCCGAGUGAGGAGUUUAAGGUGGUAUUAUUAAGGUGGACUUGUUCAUAGAUCAGUAAAUUGACUUUAAUGUUUCAGUGAGUUUCAGUGUGUGUGUGUGUGUGUGUGUGUGUGUGUGUGUGUGUGUGUGUGUUUCUGACCUUUGACCUCCAGGUGCUGCUGCCUGAACUCACCUGCUGAACAUCAGACACUCUGACCUCUGACCUCUGAAGGAGCCAUGAGUCAUCAUCCAAACUCUUUGGAUCCCGGCGAGGCCCUCAGUCUGUCUGCAUCUCUGUCUCUUCCUCCUCCUCGUUGCCGUGGUGAUGAAGAAGAGGAGGACCUGAACAAAGCGUUUGAUGUUCAGGGUUUUCAGCAGAUCCUUCGUCCUGCAGCUCGCAGUCCACCAGAGACACACCGGGUCUACGAUGAACAGGACUUUGAAGAUCAUCGUCACUCGUCUCUCCACGUCCACCAUCCUCUGUCCAAACCUCCGGCCGACGGCAGAAGGAGGAGGACCAACGAUGGGAGGAGGGAGGGAAGGAGAGGCUCCGCCCCUAGCAAUGCCACCGCCAUAGAAGAAGACCAGGAGGAGGAGGAGGAGGAGGAGGAGGAGGAGGACUCCUACAGCCAGACUGAUGGAGAGGACAGCAGGACGGCCACGCCCUCCAGUCACAAACCUGUUGGUUUGUCCAAUCAGAACAACCUCUCACCUGGUGGCAUCAUUAUGACCGUUGCUGCUGAUGAUGAGGCUGAAACACUGAUGUCUGUCGACCUGGACGGGAUCAAGAGUCACCGAUUGGACGAUGUCCCAGCGGUGAGGCGUCACCUGGUGAGGCGGAGCUCCAGAGGACCGGUCGUCCACGUCGGCAAAGAUCAGAUCAGCAGCCGGACACAGCUCCAACACCUGCAACCCGACCGUACACCUCACGAGGUGUUUGUGGAGCUGAAUGAGCUGGUGAUUGACAGGAACCAGGAGCUGCAGUGGAGGGAGACGGCUCGAUGGAUCAAGUUUGAAGAGGAGGUGGAGGAGGAGACGGAGCGCUGGGGAAGACCUCACAUCCCCUCCCUCUCCUUCCGCUCACUGCUGGAGCUCAGAAAAACCAUCUCCCAUGGGGCGGUGCUCCUGGAUCUGAAGCAGAGGACUCUGCCAGGGAUCGCCCAGCAGGUGGUGGAGCAGAUGGUGAUCUCAGAUCAGAUUAAAGCUGAAGAUCGAGCAAAUGUCCUGAGAGCUCUGCUGCUCCGACACAGUCAUCCCAGUGAUGAGAAAGAUCACAGCUUGUUCAGCAGGAACAUCUCUGCAGCCAACAUGUCCGCCCUGAUGGACAGACACAACAGCCAAUCAGAGCCCUCAAACAACCUGACCAAUCACAGAGAGGCUGACACAGAAAAGAACAAGAGAGAAGCCCCAUCCCUCUGUCACUCCAGAUCCAAACAUGAAGUGAAGCUGAUGGAGAAGAUCCCAGAGAGAGCUGAGGCCACCGUUGUCCUCGUAGGCAGCGUGGGCUUCCUGGACCAACCCUCCAUGGCAUUUGUUCGGCUGCAGGAGGCGGUUCUGCUGGAGUCUGUUCUGGAGGUCCCUGUCCCUGUGAGGUUCCUCUUCCUCCUGCUGGGCCCACCCACCACCAGCAUCGACUACCACCAGAUCGGACGCUCCAUCUCCACACUCAUGUCAGACAAGCACUUCCAUGAGGCUGCGUACCAGGCUGACGACCGCCAGGACCUGCUGACAGCCAUCAACCGUUUCCUGGACUGUAGCGUCGUCCUCCCUCCCUCAGAGGUUGGUGGAGACGAGCUGCUGUACUCAGUCGCUCGCUUCCAACGAGAAAUGCUCAGAAAGAGGGAGGAGGAGCAGAACGGCAAACUGCAGGAGAAACAGACCAGCAUUCAGCAGGAUGAAGAUUCCCUGGUUCCAUCCAAACCCGGCGACGAGCCCCUGAGGCGUACAGGUCAUCUGUUCGGAGGACUGAUCAAAGAUGUGACUCGACGCUACCCUCAGUACCUCAGUGACAUCCGAGAUGCUCUGAACCCUCAGUGCAUGGCCGCCAUCAUCUUCAUCUACUUUGCUGCUCUGUCACCUGCGAUCACCUUUGGUGGACUGCUGGGUGAGAAAACAGAGGGUCUGAUUGGUGUGUCAGAGCUGAUUGUUGCCACUGCAAUGCAGGGUAUCGUGUUCAGUGUGCUGGGUGCUCAGCCUCUGCUGGUGAUUGGCUUCUCUGGACCGCUGCUGGUGUUUGAAGAGGCCUUCUACACUUUUUGUAAAGACAAUGGGAUCGAGUAUCUGACAGGCCGGGUGUGGAUCGGUUUCUGGCUGGUGCUCAUUGUUCUCCUUACCGUGGCCUUUGAGGGAAGCAUCCUGGUUCGCUUCGUCUCCCGCUUUACUCAGGAGAUUUUCUCCUUCCUCAUUUCCCUCAUUUUCAUCUAUGAAACCUUCGCCAAACUGGUCAAGAUCUUUCAGGAGCAUCCGCUCCAAAACUGUUACCAUGGAAACAACACAGUAUCUCCCUUUCUCUGCAACUUCACCACAGCUGCUGGGAAUCCUGGGAAGGUUGUUGGAGAACCUAACACUGCCCUGCUGUCAUUAGUGCUCAUGGCAGGAACAUAUUUCAUCGCUUUCUAUCUGCGCAAGUUCAAGAACAGCUCCUUCUUCCCUGGCAGGCUCCGUAGGAUCAUUGGAGACUUCGGGGUUCCUAUUGCCAUCCUCAUCAUGGUGUUGGUCGACUACAGUGUGGAGGACACCUACACCCAGAAAUUGAACGUGCCUAGUGGAUUCUCGGUUUCCAGUCCGGAGAAACGUGGUUGGUUGAUUUCUCCUCUCGGGUCAGAUGGACAGUUUCCUGUUUGGAUGAUGGGCGCCAGCAUCCUUCCUGCCAUCCUGGUCUUCAUCCUCAUCUUCAUGGAGUCCCAGAUCACAGCGCUGAUUGUCAGUAAGAAGGAGAGGAUGCUGGUGAAGGGAACUGGUUUUCACCUGGACCUCCUCAUCAUCGUGGUUGUGGGUGGAAUCUCAGCUCUGUUUGGUUUGCCUUGGCUGUCAGCCGCCACAGUUCGGUCUGUCACCCACACCAAUGCCCUUACUGUCAUGAGCAAAGCCGUCGCCCCUGGAGACAAACCCCGCAUCCAGGAGGUGAAGGAGCAGAGGGUGACGGGCUUCCUGGUGGCCGUGUUAGUGGGUCUGUCCAUCGUGAUCGGGGAGGUUCUGCGUCAGAUCCCUCUGGCGGUGCUUUUUGGGAUCUUCCUCUACAUGGGUGUGAUGUCCCUGAAUGGGAUCCAGCUCACAGAGAGGCUCAUCCUGCUGCUGAUGCCCCCGAAAUACCACCCUGAUCAAAAUUAUGUUCGCAAGGUGCGGACGUUAAGGAUGCACCUGUUCACUGUCGUCCAGCUCACCUGUCUGUCUCUCCUGUGGGUCGUCAUGGCGACGGCGGCAGCUCUGGCAUUCCCCUUUGUGUUGCUGCUGACUAUACCUGUCAGGAUGCUGCUGCUGCCCCACCUAUUCACCCGCAGAGAGCUGCAGAGUCUGGAUGCUGAUGAUGUGGAACCUCACCUGGAGGAGAAGGAAGGGCAGGACGAGUACUCACAGCUGCAGAUGCCCGUGUGACCUGGCAGCAACAUUGUGAUUGGUCAAUCUGACCCGACCCGUCCUCCCCCUUCAUUAACGUAUCUGACAUAUAUCCUGUAGCUGGGGGGGGGGGCAGAUUUUGUAUUUUCUGUUUUGGGGAGUGGGUUAGUUUCUGCUGAACACACUGACUGAAACCUGAAGGCUGAGAUGGUUCCUGGUUGUUCUCUGUAAACCUCAUCAUGUUUUAACACUAACUGAAAACUGUUUUCUCUGUGUUGGUAGCUUUUUCUUUCUCUGUCAUUAAAUACAAAUAAUUUUAUGUUUAAACACUGAUUUUACACAUUUAUUUGUAUGUAAGUUUCUCCUCACAUCUUACACUGAUGAUAGAAUUUCAUUUUUUUAUCAUAUAGGCCUUGAUAUCAUUAUAGCACACAAUGAUUUGGAUACAUAUGCCAUGGUUACAAAAGAAGAAAAAAGUGAGUCUCCAGUGAUAAACAAUAAAAGUAGAGGCCCAGAUUCAAUAAUGAUCAACUUUGUUGGCCACAAGAUCAUCAUGGCUCUAAGAGGCUUAUUCCUGUGCCUUAUAACAUCUGACUGAGAGAGGAAAACGAGAAAGAAUCUAACACAACCAGAGAUAUGAACAUCUGUUUGUGUGUAGUUCUUUUUAAGACAUUGGUUGAGUUUUACAGCAGAUUGAAAACACAUCUUCAGGUCAUUUCUAAUGGAUGAAAUAACAGAUAUUUUGUCUAUACUUGGUUUAAAGUCAGAUGGUCUGCUCCAGUACACCUGCUCACAGGUCUAGUUUUGUAAUGAAUAUAAUAAUGAAUAUCAACAGAAGGAAAACUGCAACCAUCUGCUUCACAGACUUAGAAAAGACAGGACCCUUCGAACCAUUUUAGAUUUAAUAACUCCCCAAUCUUUUCCUUUAGUGCCAUUUGUCUGUCUGUAUGAGUCAGUAGGUCAAAAGCUUUGUUCCCAAUAAAACAUGCUGGCAUUAUCACAGAUAAGAUUCAGACAAUAAACAGAUACAAAUGCUUGAUACAAAUGUGGAAAACGUCAUAUUCCCAGACUCUCGGGUGUUCAGGAACUUAAAAAGAAAAACAGAUGAUUGUCAUUUAGUUUGAAACUGAAGGCUGGAGAAGUUUCUCCAAAACCUGAUGUGGAAAGAGAGAAAACUCUACAACAUU